AUGAAGACUACUAACAGGCCCGAUGAAUGGAAGAUAGAGCAGGGCUUAGCCGGAGCUGAGCUUCCCGUUCUUGACAUGACGGGGACCCAGACUAAGGCUCUUCCCCCUCAAAUAUUUGGUGAGCUCACAAAGGAUGCAGCCGCCAUCAAAGGGGUAGGCGAUCCAGAUAGGCUCUUCGCUGAAGAGCGGCAGGGCUGGACCGGCUUUGUAGAGUGGGAAAACUAUCCCGAGAAGAAGGCGGCAGCGCACAAGAUAUUGAUGUCACAGACGUUUCCUCCCAACCCGGAGUUCCAGCUCGGCCCUAUCCCAGCGAGUAAUCCUGUUCUGCCCGGUACCCAUUGGAAAAUGUGGCACAAGGCGGUCGGCGGCGCUCUUUCUCGUAUCCCCGACGACUCGUGGGACAUCGUCCUCAAGGAAAAACAUGCCGACAUGCUCCAUCUUCUUCAGUUUCCUUACAAUGGCGAACCUCCCAAGCGACUCGUGACCGACAAGGAGAUCACACCUAACCCCCUCCACUUCGUUCGAAACCACGGCGGCAUCCCGAUUAUUGAUAAAGAGCACUACAGUUUCGUGAUGGACGGACUUGUUGCCAAACCGAGAUCUUUCACCUUGGAUGAUCUCAUGGACGAGUCUAAGUUUCCUCGGAUGGAAAAGACUGUUACGAUGCAAUGCUCUGGAACCCGUCGUAUUGAACAGAUUCUCAAGUACCCCGGCCAAGGCGACGAGGUGCCUCAGGCCCCAUGGGCCGAAGGCGCGAUUGGGACUGCCAAGUACGUUGGUAUUAGCCUCAAAAAAGUCAUUAAGGCUUGUGGUGGACUCAUUGAGGGGGCCAAACAUCUUGAGUUCUACGGUGCGGACACCUACUUCAAAGAUGACAAGACCAUGAACUACCUCGUCAGUGUUCCUUGGUCCAAGGUGAGGGCAAACGAGGUUAUGCUGGCAUGGGAGAUGAACGGCGACGUUCUCCCCCGCAUUCAUGGAUACCCCCUUCGCAUCAUCGUCUUCGGUUACAUUGGAGCACGAAGCGUCAAGUGGCUCUACCGUAUCAAGGCUAUCAAGAGCCCUAAACGUGCGCCUGUUCAAAGCCAAGAGUACCUCUACUUCCCUCAGCAAGUCGGCAAGCAUAACCUCAAGAUGACGGACGGCAUACAGAUCCAAGAGAUGCCAGUCAGUUCUGCCAUUAUGUCGCCUUGGACCAAGCAGGUUGUCAUACACAACGGCAAAAUUCGCUGCAAGGGAUGGGCCUACUCGGGCGGUGGUCGCUGGCCAGAACGGGUUGAGCUCUCUGCCGACGGCGGGUUCAGCUGGUACACUGUGCCAGUCGAAAAUCUCUCGAGGAAGCGCAAGUGGACCUGGAGAACUUGGGAGAUAGAGCUUCCAUGCGAUGUCGAAGGCUGGAUUGAGAUCGUCUGUCGCUGCUGGGACAAUUCUCUCAACACUCAACCACCCGACGUACGCACCGCAUGGAACUGGGGCUUACAUGUGACCAGUUCUUGUCACAGAAUUUCGGUUUACAGUGUGAACAACACCCGGCCAAACACUCAAGCGCGCCUGCGAGAAUUUUCGGAAAAGGGCAUUCCAUUUGCUCCGAUCACUGUGCCUCUGGCUUUCCCGUCUCAGUCUUGGAAUGAGUACGAGGAGUACUGGAAGCGGCAUGAUCCACGGGACGCUGAGGAUUAA